UGCACAUCUACGGGCUGAAAAGAAGUGCGCCAUUGUAACAUUUCAAUAUCCUGUUUUUACUACUCCAUCUCCUGCUGUAUCAUUUGAAGAUAAAGACACGCAAUGCUGACUAAUUACAUACCGAGGGGAGACACAGCCUGCCCCGUCUGUUGUCCAUGCAGUGUAAAACAGCAGCCACGACUAUCCAUCAAUCUUUUUUUUUUUUUUUCCACCAUGUGGGCCACUUGCGCGUCACUGAGUGCGCACGGAGACCUGCCUGAGAGGAGAGGCUGAACGCUCACACCCACAUUCAACAGGCGCUGAGGAUACUUGUUCCAUGCACAGAUUCAGCUUGUGUUUGACUGUGUUUUUUUUUUGUUAUUGUGGUGUGAUUGUAGGAUUAACCUGCAGAAAUCUGUAAAGUAAAUGCGUCUUGAGGAAUGGUGUUGUGUUUAAGUCGCGCGCGCGCUAUGGUGCAUAACACGCACAUCCUCUCCUAUAAUUACAGCUUUGUUGCUCAGUAGAUAGACCCGAUUCGUUAAAACUGCCAAACAUCUUUUCACAUUUUGGGAGAUAAGGAGAAGAGGAUGGCAGCUCCACAUAACGGAUCCAACAUAACGGGAAACUACACCAACCAGUUUGUGCAGCCGCCGUGGCGCGUGGCUCUCUGGUCCGUCGCCUACAGCGUGGUGCUGGCUGUGGCGGUGUUUGGCAACCUCAUCGUGAUAUGGAUCAUCCUCGCUCAUAAGCGCAUGAGGACUGUGACGAACUUCUUCCUCCUGAACCUGGCGUUUUCGGACGCGUCCAUGGCGGCGUUUAAUACUUUGAUAAACUUUAUCUACGCUACACAUGGGGAGUGGUACUUCGGGGAGGCGUACUGCAAAUUCCACAACUUCUUCCCCGUGACAUCGGUGUUUGCGAGCAUCUACUCCAUGACUGCGAUAGCUGUGGACAGGUACAUGGCCAUCAUCCAUCCCCUGAAGCCUCGUCUGUCGGCGAAGGCCACCACAGGAGUCAUCGUGUGUAUCUGGAGUCUGGCCGUGGUUCUGGCCUUCCCUCUCUGCUACUUCUCCACCAUCCGAACGCUGAAACACAGGACCCUCUGCUACGUGGCCUGGCCCCGCAUGGCAGACGACUCUUUCAUGUAUCAUAUCAUAGUGACCGUUCUCGUCUAUGUGCUGCCCCUAGUGGUGAUGGGCAUCACUUACACCAUCGUGGGGGUGACUCUGUGGGGAGGGGAGAUCCCAGGAGACUCAUCCGAUAACUAUCAUGGACAGCUCCGGGCUAAACGGAAGGUGGUGAAGAUGAUGAUCAUCGUGGUGGUGACCUUUGCCCUCUGCUGGCUGCCUUAUCACGUUUACUUCAUCGUGACGGGUCUGAGCAAGUGGAAGUACAUCCAGCAGGUUUACCUGUCAGUGCUGUGGCUGGCCAUGAGCUCCACCAUGUACAACCCCAUCAUCUACUGCUGCCUCAACAGCAGGUUUCGUGCGGGCUUCAAGCGAGCGUUCCGUUGGUGCCCGUUCAUCAAGGUGUCCAGCCAUGACGAGUUGGAACUUCGCUCCACGCGGCUGCACCCGACACGCCAGAGCAGCAUGUAUACACUGUCGCGGAUGGAUACCACCGUGAUGGUGGUUUACGAUCCCGUCGAGGGUAAUGGCAGUGCUGAUGGCGGCUCUUCCAGGAAGCACUCUCAGUCAUCCAGGAAGAUAAGUUACGUCACGUCUCGCCACAGCGAGAUCACCGGGAGCAACGGCAGCAGCGCAAAAAUGCAAAACGGAGAGGCUCCAAGCGCUCAAUCAGAAGAGUUCUCCUGAAGGGCGACCCCAUUGACUUUCACUCAUGCAUAUAUGAAAUGUAUUCUCAUGCAUAAUCCUGUGUACAUACAAACAGUGCAUGUCAUGUGUGCUUAAUUUAGAUUUAGGUGCGUAGUAAUCAGGUGUGUGGCUGCUUUGACAUGCACAGAAUGACCACAUGGAGAAGAGUCACGGAUGGAUUACUGAGCAGGAUUAGUGGGCAGUGGCCCCGGGGGACUGAGAGCAAAUGUUUUAGCAGUUUUCGUCAAAAGUCACUUUGUCAUUUUAUAUUUUUAUGAGGAAUACAGAGUGAAAUACAAAUGUAUUUAAAAUGUACAAUUUGUAAUUUUCCUCACCAUAAUACAUUCGAUAGUACAGACGCAACGAUUUAAUAUAAAAAGUAUUUUGGUGAUUUAUGCUGCGAGUGCCUCGGUAGAUCUUGGGCAUGCAAAUUAUUUUUUUUUGCAAGCAGUGUUAACAUGCAAAUUGAAAACGACAGCAGUGUCUGGAGGAUAGUUGCUUGUAUAUUCUGGAUAGAUUUCUGACUCCUUCGGGAACCCUUCAUCCUUGUGCAUUGGCAACAACUAUGUUUGUUUUGAAUUUGAAAAAGAAUUAAGAUCAACAGGAGAGGAAAUGAUCUGGUGGCUGCAAACUGAAGCUUGAUUUUUGCAAAUUUGAUGAAAUAGUGCUUUUGCUUUAGCCGGUUGCUUUGGUAAACGCUCACAAAGCCACUUUACACCUCCAGCAUGAACAGACUUUAAAAGUACAGUCUCUCUUCUUAUUCAACUAUACAGACCAUGAUCACACAGCGGCCAUGUUCUCAUCCAACACAGCUAAAAUCAGUAAAAUCUAUGUAAGUACUACAUCAGAAGACAGCUAAUAAAACAGUCAAUGUGCUUGUACAAACAUUAAAAUAAACUUGACACUAUUGUUGUACUACACUGAAUUACACAGUAAUAACAGUGGAGCUUGGAGAGCGCUACACAGUUUACAUUUGUUGUAAGAUAAUAAUACAUCCUAAGAGUUUCUCGCCUGGCUUCUAUAAAUGUGAGCUUUAAUAUCCAGAUUUAAUAAAUCCUUUUUAUAUCUUAUCCAUGCUUCUCAAAUGUUUAGCCAGGAAGUUGCUGAAUUCACAUGUUAGCUGUGUUCUCUUGCCAUCUAAAUGGUUAUCAGAUAGGUUGUUUUUUUUAACUUAAACGAUGGCCCUGGGUCCAUACAGAUGUUCAGCAUCCACUGUCUGUGUUGUUGCUAAUCCUUUUGGAAGCUGUGAAAUGAAAAUGCGUCUGUGAAACACAGCACAAAGACAUUAUAGAAACAUUGAAGCUUCCCACACUGAGCGUGACAUCACAGCAACAUGACCACCCUGGGAUUAUGGUCUAUAACUGUAGAGGUUAACAUUAAAAAAAAGACAAGUUGGAAACCACAGCAAAAGCCUUUUGUUGAGAUGUGUGGCUGUCCCCACAGGCCUGUUGCCUCAUAAUUUGUUCAAACUCUGUUGCAGUGAUAAACAACAUACUAGCUGAAGUAGGCUUAUGUUAUAUGAUGAGCUCAACAGCAGUCUGUACAUUCAGCUUUUCCCCUUUUCCAAACAGGGCCAGAGUGCAUUAAUGCAUUACAGUAUACUGUAGCUCUUUUUUUCCCAGCCACAAGCUCUGAUUGAGAUUUAAUUUUAAUACAGUUCCACAGAUUGUGAAAUGAAUCAGAAAAUCUGUUGUUUUUUAAAGCACUCUAUUGUGAGACUAUAGCAGAGAUAAUCAGAAAACACGUAUUUCAUUCUUACGUCAUUUUAAAUGAGCCAGUGUUGACUGUGAACCUUAUAGAGAGGAUGCAACUCUGCAUGUUUUUUUUUCAGUGAUGCGUGUGGCUGCAGAGAGAUGCCAAUUGAAAAGUUGUAGAUUGAACUGUGUUUGGCUGUAUGUUUGUCAGUAAAAGCAAUGAGUUUAGCUUUCUGUUAUGUAACUGUUUAAAGUAACAUGUAUCCUGCUAACUAGCAUUAAGCCAGAGGCAAAAUCCAGUUUACAUUUGUAGCAGGUCAAUAAACAGCCUGCUGGAGAGUGAUGGGGGGGGGAGUCGGUCAGUGUUGCUCAUUUUUCCAUUUUUAACUCAAAGAAAAAAGCUAAACAAAGCUAAACAGUGAAGUGCAGUCAGCUUGUUGUUGUUGUUGUAGUCUUUGUUGUUUCUGUAGUUUCUUCCUACAUUCAAUUUUCUUGUGUGGCAUCUUCUCCCUGCUUGUGUGGACUUCAAGUCUUAAGUGGUCUUAAGUGGUCCCUUUUGACUUAUCAUACAGCAAAACAAGAACAUGAUCACUAAUAAGGAUGUGAAAACAUGCAUGUGCUCAUGAGUGUUAGCAUCACCUCUUACCAUAAGUGUCUUGGAUUUUGUUUCCCCACUUCUCCAAGGAAACACCAAAACAUAAAAAAAAAAAAUCAUAUACAGUAUAUUUUUUUUGUAACAGCAUUUAUAUUGGUUAAGAAAAUGAUGAAAUGUCCAUAGAGAUUCACUGAACUUUGUACGGAAGAAAAUUAAAGAUUCAGUAUAUAUUAAGUGGAGAAGCAACUGCAACCACAGAAGAAGAAAAAAAAAAAAAUGACUGUGUUUAAUUAUUCUCACAAACAACUCUGAAUGUUCAGACUUCAUGAAAGUAUUUACUCAAGAAUGUGAAAAAAAAACACAAGUUGUGUAUUUAGGUGUAUUUGUAAGCUGCUAACUAUAGUCAUGAUGUUGAAGAUGCUUAAAUAAGUGUGUGGUAUUUUUGUUUUCUAAGUGUUUUCUCUGCCUCCGUCUUUGUAUUGUAGGAAUGUACAGUACAGUACAGAAUGUGUGCCUUCAUCUCUUGACAAGUCGUGCCAACAUUGUUUGUUUGGUAUAAAAAACAUUUCUCAUUACUUUAAUAAGUAUGACUCUUGUCUAUGUCUCUUUUCUUAGGAGGAGGCAGAGCUGAGAAAACUGACAGGACUUUGGUUGAAAAUAAUGACAAUAUUAUCAUUUAUGCAAAUCAGUUUUAUGUAAUUAAUGUUGGUUAUUUAAAAAAACAAAUUGGGGUAAUUUAAGAAUAAGAAUAAGAAGGAACUUUGUGUUUCUGGUCAGUGGCUUUACUUUUCUAUGUCAUGUUUCCCAUAAACCCAUCAUGAGGUUGUCAUUGCUCUGCAUUGGUCAGUACUGAUGUAAUUUGCGUAUAAUGUAGCUUUAUAGCAAUGGCCUUUCUUACAGUAUCAUGAGACGUCAUGAAACGUAGCUGUGACUUGUUAUUAAUGCAGAACAACAACUGAGAAAAAGUGGUUUAUUCUCUGUCAAAAAUAAUGAAGUCUGUGAAAUAAUCUGCAACAUCUCAUGAUCUCAAUUGAUAUGUAUUUCUUGAUUAUUUUUGAGGUUCUUGAAGCUUGACAAUGCUUUUUACACCGUGUGUGGGUUUCUGUUGAAAGAAGGUAUUCAUCCUAUACCAGGACUGGGUUGGAGCAGAAUCAGGCUUUAUGCUUAAAAGGGAGAAAAAGCAAACCUUACAAGCGGAAAAACUGAAGGAAAAACAAACCCACUAGUGACCCUGGUACAUAUAAAAACACAAAUAAGUAGAUACCUAAUCCUCUUAACCCAUGGCCCUUUUUAAGAUAUAAUAAUCGUAAAGCAAAGACAGAAGUUAUCGACACAAAAAAUUGUUCAGGUUAUUUUAUUUAUUUUUUUUAUUUUAAAGAUAGGACAGUGGAUAGAGUUGGAAAUCGGGGAGAGAGAGACAGAGAGAGAGAGAGAGUGGGGAACGACAUGCGGGAAAGGAGUCACAGGCCGGGCCCGACUGCAGGGUCACAGCCUCCACACGUGUGGCACCCGCACUAACCACCAGGCUACCGGUGCCCCUAAUGUUGUCAAAUUUCUGAUCAAUCUGUACUUUUUGAUACCAUGUGUUUUACUGUUAACCUAAUGAUCAGUAGUAUUGAAAGUACAGAAGUAAAACAAGGAACUUCAGAUCUUCAGUCACAUUUUUAACACAAAGUUGCUUGAAGCUAAAGAGAGAAAACAGCAGUUGGUCAAAUUCACAGUUUGGCAAAGACAUUUCUCAAGUCUUUCUGGCAUCUCAUCAGGAUACCAACGUAACGUUUAUGUAUCUUGCAAACAGAUAGGGAGCAGAGGAGGUCACACUGUCUAAAUUUCACGUAUAGAUUGGUAAUGUUUCAGUACCGAUAGACGUUAACGGUAUAGUAUCAAAGUUUAUAAUUCUGUUAUUCUGAAAACCCAAGGACAGACUGAAAAUUCAUCAGAAAGAAAACAGAAAGAUACAAUAGUGUAUGAGGAUAACUCAACAAUAAAAAACAUUUAAAAUAUGAUUGAUUUCUGUUGCUAGUUAUGUCUGCUAACAUUAGCUGUCCACCCAUGGCUGCUAGCUCUGUCGCUAGCAGACACUACUGACUGACCACUGGACUCCAUCAAUGACCAGUUCUGGAGCCAUGGAUUUUAACAGUAUAGUAUCAAAGUUUAAAAUUCUGUUAUUGUGAAAACCCAAGGACAGACUGAGAUUUCAUCAUUCUAAUUGACCUUGUUAAACACCACCCUCCUUGGUUACUGUUACUAGGUUACACAAAAUCUCUAUUCACCAUACUCCCAUUUUAAACGAUUGAAAAUACCUUUAUGUGUAUUUAAUUGAUUUGGUUAUUUUAGGAACUCUGCCUCAGUGAAAGUAUAAGGACAGAGAUACAAAAGGGUGUAUUAGAAUAGCUGAAAUCUCUAAAAUAGUAAUAUAAAAGAUAUUUUAUUUGAUGCUAGUGAUGUCGGCAAAAGUUAGCUGUCCUCCCAUGGCAGCUAGCCCCUCGCUAGCAGACACUACUGACUUAUCCUUGGACUCCAUCAAUGACCAGUUCUGGAGCCAUGGGUCUGAAAUAGUCUAUUUAUGUCGGCAAUGUGGUCUUCAAUACGCAGUUGAACGUUCUUUGCACUAUUUGACAAUCACAGCAACAUCAAAUAGUGCUAAAUGCUACAGAUCCAUGUGAAAAAGACUGAAGCCUCAUUUACUGCCUGUGGAAGUGACUGCCAAUGCAACUGUCACACGGGCAGAACUGCUCAUGUACUGCUGGGUAGGUAAGAUUGUAGCUGGACCUACUAUAUGUUUUAAAUAUUAGUCAUAUAACCAAUGACAUAAACAAUAUCCCUUCAGUUUAGGGAAGGGGAUGAAAAAUACUCCCAGAUAACGAUGUGGAUGUUUUAAGUCACUCUUGCAGACACCACAAGCACCUUUUAACCAUGUUCAGUAACAACAUUGAGGUCAUAAUGUCAUGGUGACACACUGAAAAGAUUUGGCCAAUGUGAAAGUUUGUCUAACCGGAAGUAGCCCAGAAACGGUUGCUAUAAGAGGGAGCUCUCUGAUUAGUCGUCAGCUGACCAAUCAGGGAGCCGACAAAGGGUCAAUUGGUAUUGUACCUUCAGCUGAACUGCUUAUUUACUUACUUUGCUAGAAAAGCUGCUUUCUGACCAUGAAAUGCAGCUCAGAUACCUUUUAUCACUAAAUUAAGCACCAAAAAUUGAGAUUUACACAAAUGUUGUGGAUUAUUGUAUUAAAGUAGAGCUUUAUUAAAAUGGUGAUGUAUGUUGUUGUCUCUGCGUUGAUGUAUGAAAUUUGUUAAUAAAUCAUUCUGACUGUAA